UAAUUUAAUUCAACUGGUUUCAGAAAUGAGGCAUUCAUCGACUUAGCUGCUCCGUUUUAUGUCAAUACUACGUCCGCCUCCCCCCCCUUCUCACCGCCCAUGAAGGGAUUACAGGGCAUUUACGCUCGCGUAGGGGUCUUAGCGGACUCCAGGGAGUGGCUUAAGGUUUACCACGCCCGCUAUGCCUUGUAAAUCUAGGCCUAAAGCCCCAAAUCAAGGCUGUGAGACAUUUACAAGGUCGUGGAAGAUCCUCAGGGGUAGAAAGUGGCCUGUAAGUGAACUUGCGGUACAAAUGCCCUGUAGUCCCGUCACUUUAUGCCGCAAUCUCCGUACACCCAUCAUUCACUAUCGAAGAGAAAGGUUUAGGCAUCGCCAUCGCCAUCGCCAAAGAAUCGUUUCCUGAAUCACAGCGAGCUCGACCCGCUAUCUAGGAAACAUAGUCCUUAGAAGUAAAACAACCAAUACCCAAGAUGAAUAAUCCAUCUGGAUACAAUAUUCUGGUUUCGGUAACUGCUGCGUUUGGUAGUUUAACAUAUGGCUAUGCAGCUGCAAUUCUGGGCAAUACGCUCGAGAAAGCAGCUUUCUACGAGUACAUGAAUCUCGAGCUAGAGGGACCCGGAGCAGCCAACACCACCAGCAUCAUCGCCUGGUGGAACACUAUUCUCUAUGUCGGCGGCUUCUUCGCUUGCGUGUCCUACACGGCUUUCGGAAAUCGUUACGGACGCAAGAGCGGCAUAGCGUUGGGAGCCACAGUAUCCGUAAUUGGAGCCGUAUUGCAGGCUGGGAGUAUCAAUCCUGCUAUGAUGAUUGUCGCUAGACUCAUUGUCGGAGCUGGCAUGGGUGUUCUUCUACCUGCUGUGCCACUUUACCAAGCCGAAACUGCUCCGCCGUCAAAUCGUGGCUUGCUUGUUGGUAUACAUGCAUCGCUGAUCGGAUAUGGUUCGAUGAUCUCCGGUUGGAUUGGUGUGGGCUUCUUUCACACUGGAGGAAAUGUUGGAUGGCGUGUCCCACUCGCGUUGCAGACAAUUUUUCCACUGGUACUCCUUAUCGUCGUCUGGUUCCUACCUGAGAGUCCACGAUGGCUAUACAUGCACGACCGUGCCGAAGAAGCCAAAAAAGUUCUCAUCGCUCUCCACAAGAAAGCUAGUGAUCCAAAUCACCUCUUUGCUCAGAAAGAGCUGUUCGUCAUUAAGAAUCAGAUUGACUAUGAGAAUCAAAACCACCUGCCGAUGUGGCAGGCUUUGAAGAAGAGGUCAUUGCAGAAGAGGUUCUUGAUUGGGUUUCUUUCGAUGAGUUGUACCCAAUGCAGUGGGCUGCUUGUAGUGCUCACUUACCAAUCAACAAUCUAUCAAUCUCUUGGGUACUCUGCUUUCAUGGCCGGGAUAUUUGGUUCCAUUUGGUCUGUCCUUAACGGCACUGGUAAUUUUUGCGGCGGAAUGCUCGGUGAUUAUGUUGGAAGGAAGAAACUUGUUGCGGUGUCCCUUGUUAUUCUUGAUUGUAUGUUAAUCGUGCUUUGCACCACUACAUAUCUAUACUCAGGAACCGACAACAAAGCUGGAAAUACCGCAGCUGCGGUGUUCACGUUCCUCAUGAUUAUCGUCUAUGCCACUGGGGUUGAGUGUGCCUCAUUGGUAUACAGUUCUGAGUUGUAUCCUGGAGAGUAUCGCGCCAUCGGUGUUUCUGUAUCACUUUCACCAGUCUUGUUUUGGGGAUGUAUCUUCACAGGUGCUGCUGGACCAGCAUUCGCAAAUAUCGGUGCUCUCUACUAUGUAGUGUUCAUUGCACUGACAUCUGUCAUGGCGCUUGUGGUGAUUUUCUUCUUCCCGGAUACUAAGGGGUUCACUUUAGAGCAGAUGUCUGCAGUGUUUGGCGAUGACGUUGUAGAUAUGUACGGCAAUAUCGAGAAUGCUAAGGACUUCAUCAACGGGGAUCACAAUAUCGAGCAUGCCGACUUGGACAAGAACACACCUCCGCAGAGGGUGCACAUUGAGGUAGAGGGCGAGAACAGUACUGAAACUGUUUAAUCCUGGAUGAGUAAUGGCUUGACCCUAUAACGGACGCUUUUAUAAUCUUACAUCGACCGGCUUGGUGCGAUAAGGGAAUCGUAUAAACUCUUUUUGAGGAG